GCGCCUUACCGGGCCUUACCAUCGCUGCGACAACGGGUGACAUACUUGGGCUGCGCGGCCAUCAAUGCGCCCCGAAGUGAGGCUGAGAUACAGCGAAAUAUGGCUAUACUUAACGACAGUCCCUCAGCGAUGGACAUCACUCUGAUUGUGCCAAAGAGUCCCGAAGAGUGCGUUCAGAUGUUUGAGAUGAUGGGCGUGGAGUCCACGACCGCAGACACCGCGAGUGAUUCAUCGGCGGCUGAGACUGAGAACCAGAAACUGAUGGCACAGUUCCCCAUCUCGAGGAUCAUAUUCUGCGCGAGAGGUAAACAGGAGUCCAAUGAACGCAACUGUUUCGCGUUCACCGCAUCCCACGGCUCCACCUUCGAGACGGGUGUCAUUCAGUGCCAUGUGUUCAGGUGUCAGACCACCAAAAUGGUCGCCGAUAUCCUCGAGGCGUUCGGACUCGCCUUCAGGCGCGUUCCGCCGAAUACCGCCAAUCAGGACAUCAAUAUAAUCGUCGAGUCGGGUCUCGAGAUCAAGGAGGACACCGCCGAUGGCAAGUCGAACGCCUGUCCCCGCGAUAAGGAGACGAAGUUCAAAUUCUGGUUGUGGCUCUUCUUC